UUCCCCCUUUACCCUAUUUCAAGGCCACACACAGUGCUUUGUGACAGAGGCUUACAGGGUCCCUUAGUGGGGCACAGCUUUCUAGGUGUGCAGCUUGUGCCUGAGCUCCACGUGUUCUACAGAUGGCUGCACAUCGGAGUUGGCUUCUAGUGAGCUUCUUUCUCCUUGAUCUUCUUCUCUUGGAGGCUGCAAAAAUCCUGACUAUAUCUACACUGAGUGCAAGUCAUUAUAUAGCGAUGAGCCGUGUGUCACAAAUUCUUCAUGACAGUGGCCACAAUGUGACCAAACUUCUUUAUGAAUCGGUUUACCACCCAGAUUUUAGAAAGGAAAAACCAUCAUACCAGGUUAUAAAUUGGCAUCUGCCUGAAGAUCAGCAAAAGAAAUUUGAUAAUAGACAGCGUCUCCUUAGAGAAGAAAUAAUGUAUGGCAGGUUCGGACAUCAAACAAUUGUAAAGGUUUAUCGAAACUUUGGCAACUUAUGCAGUCACUUAUUAAGCAGAAAGGACAUCAUGGAGUUCUUACAAAAUGAGAACUUUGACCUAGUACUUCUUAAUUCAUUAGAUUUCUGUUCUUUACUGGUUGCUGAAAAGCUUGGGAAACGAUUUGUGUCUUUUUAUCCCGGGCAAUUUAGCUUUAUGGACGUUGGGUUACCAAGCCCCUUGUCCUAUGUUCCAGUGUAUGGCUCUGGUCUAACUGACCAAAUGGACUUCUGGGGCCGAGUGAAGAACUUUCUUAUGUUCUUUGAUUUUUCCAUGAAGCAAAGGGAAAUACUUUCUCAAUAUGACAGUACUAUCCAGGAGCAUUUUGCAGAAGGUUCUCAGCCAGUUUUGUCUGACCUUCUACUGAAAGCUGAACUAUUGUUUGUCAACUCUGACUUUGCCUUGGAUUUUGCUCGUCCUCUGUUUCCCAACACGGUCUAUGUGGGAGGCUUACUGGACAAACCUGUGCAGCCAAUACCCCAAGACUUGGAAAAUUUUAUCACUCAGUUUGGAGACUCAGGUUUUGUCCUUGUUGCCCUCGGCUCCAUAGUUAGCAAGUAUCUGACCAAGGAAGUUAUUAAGGAGAUGAACAGUGCCUUUGCUCACCUCCCUCAAGGGGUGCUAUGGACAUGUAAGAGUUCUCUUUGGCCCAAAGAUGUCAGAUUGGCCCCAAAUGUCAAAAUCAUGGAUUGGCUUCCACAGACUGACCUUCUGGCUCAUCCUAGCAUUCGUCUGUUUGUCACCCAUGGGGGGAUGAACAGUGUAAACGAGGCCAUCCAGCAUGGAGUCCCCAUGGUGGGCAUUCCAUUUUUUGCUGACCAACCUGAAAACAUGGUCCGAGUAGAAGCAAAGAAAAUUGGUGUUUCUGUUCAGAUACAGACACUCAAGGCAGAGACGUUUGCACUCACAAUGAAAGAAGUCAUAGAAGACAAGAGGUACAAGUCUGCAGCAAUGGCUUCCAAGAUUAUCAGGCAGUCCCAGCCACUGACCCCUGCCCAGAGGCUUGUGGGCUGGAUAGAUCACAUCUUGCUGACAGGGGGUGCAGCACAUCUCAAGCCACAUGUUUUCCAGCAACCAUGGCAUGAGCAGUAUCUUCUGGAUGUCUUCCUCUUUCUGCUAGGGAUCAUACUGGGCACCUUAUGGCUUUGUUUGAAGGUUCUUGGUGCUGUGGCCAGGUAUCUGAGUGGAUCAAGAAAGGUCAAGCAGACAUAAUGGUGAAAUGCUGGGCUUGGCUCUGGUGCGGGAAUAGGAGGUCUGUGGCUCUUCAGAGGCCUUCCGUAUCUCAGCACAGAACAACUCCAGCAUUCUCUGCCUCCAUAUUCUACUGAUGCAGCUGAGUUGGUACCUCACUACUUUCGACCUCUUUGCUUGUUGUUUUCUUCCUAUGACCUUCUACCCUACUUAGAUAUAAACCAUUUGCAACAUCUGUUCUUCCUCCCAUUUAUCCUGAACACAUUGAUUCAAUUGGUUGGUCCUACCUGUAGCUAGACAUGUUCUUCCUCAAUUUACUCCUUUUAUCACUUGGGAUUUAAAAGACAUAUUUAGCAAAUUGUUUUUGCUUGUUCUUCUCUUUUCCUAUAAAUACUAUUCAGAGCUCAGAACAACUGCUUUGCCAUUCUCCACUGUUUCCAUAGGGAGAGACAACAAUCAUUCUCAGACUAUACUGUAAAUGAAUUGAUCUAAGAAGAUAUGAAGUAGAAAAAUAUAAUAAUUACUGUUUUUAAAAAUCAGAAUAAAUGAUAUGCAACUGAAAUAUUGAAAGAAAA